AUGACUGACGGGCAGGUGAUAAAGUGUGCAAGGUAUAAAUCGUCAGUCAAGGACUUUGGAGUUCCUGGUGUUCUGAAAAUGACUCGGCAGAGGUUUUUUUUUAGGCCAAAUGAUCCGAAAUCAUCUGCAAGGCUUAAUGUAGAGUUUAGAUUGGUUAAAGGUCACAAAUUUACCAAGGAGGGUUCCAACAAACAGGCCCUGCUUAAUCUCACAGUGGAUCAGGGAGGAAAUUACAUUUUUGAAUUUGACACUUUUUCUGAUCGUGAUGCUUGUCGUGAAUAUGUUGCAACAGCUAUUGCAGUAUCCGGAGAAGCUGGAAGAGCUGGUUCUGAGAGAUCAGCUGCUCCACUUCAAGAUGAACAACUUAGCCAUGCAGAGAUGGAGCGUCGGAUUAGACUACUGCAGGAGGAUAGUGAGUUGCAGAAACUUCAUAAGCAGUUAGUGAUUGGAGGUGUCCUAUCAGAGGCUGAAUUUUGGGCAACAAGAAAGAAGUUGCUGGAUGAGAAUGCCAGCAGAAAAUCAAAACAACAGGUGGGGUUGAGAAAUGACAUGUUCCAUGUCAAACCAUCUUCUGAUGGUUCGUCUAACAAAGUUACUUUUAAAUUGACACCCGCGAUUAUUCACCAGAAAGCAUACAGGACUCCUGGAAUAAAAAUAAUCUUCCAGUCAGGCAGAAUGCCACUAACUGAAAAAUCAAGAUCAGUCUGCUAUACAUAG